AACCUCAGUAUCUAAGGAAGGAGAGAUAAAACCAUCAUCAGUUAAUAAUUAAUGUUUAGUUCUCAGUCCUAGAAUGAUUUUAUUUACUUUUUCAAAGAUUACUUAGAACUCAUAUAGCAUAAAAUAUAAAACCCAAGAACUGAAAAUGGAAGGCAAUGCUAAAAACACUGUUGCCUUCAUGACAACCAAGAACAGGGAGAUGUUCCCAACAAGCAUGGCCCAGGACAGAUUUGGCAACGAGAUGUCACUUGUCAUUGGCAACCCUAAUGUUGGCCCAGGCUGUUAUGAAAACGAAGAAAAAACCAACAUGUAUCACUUAGUCAAGACCAAACUUGUGAGUACAAAGGGAUACACUUUGGGAGCCAGAACAGGAACAAGAUUGCUCAAAAUUUAUCAGGACAAAACGCCAUCACCAGCUGAGUACCAGCAGCACACAACUGAUCCUAUUGUUGCUGAAAAGGAUAAAAAGCCUUUCAAAGUCGGGGCAGAGAGGUUUCCUGUUUAUAAAAGGGAUUUAGUAGAUGUAGUGCCGGGAGCAGGAACCUAUGAAGUGAACACACCAAUCAACAGAAAAGUAGAAUGGCACCAAUCCUUUGGCAGUGCACCAAUCAUGCUACCCACCAUAACACAUAAAAGCACCAUAGAGAGAAACACAGAUAAACUAUACAGCACAAAAGAAGAAAGAAAAUACCACAGAAAACUCGCAUUUCUGAAGCUCUACUACUAAUUCAUGCAAGCUGACACAAUUAACUUAUAAUCUGCUAGAACUAGGAGAAUAUCAUCGGAGCUAAAAAUGUUGAAAUUUGAAAUCAUUAAAACUUACAUCCCAACAUUUUGUAUUUAUUUUCAUUGUAUAUUUUGUUGAACAUUUUGAAUUUCUAUAACUAUAUUAUCGUGGUUAAAACUUUUUUUUUGUUGCUGUGGAAAUAAUUUGUAACAUAUUUUACAUGAGUAAUA